AUGGCUUCUUUGGUUUCCUACAACAUCGCGUACACUGCGCUGAUGGGGAUUCUGGUACUUGCGCUUCUGCCACUCUUCAUCACGGCUUGCGUUGUGAUUCACCGCAGGAGGGACACCGCACGACUGGGCUUCAUAUGGCUCAAACUUGCUCUCUUCUGGAUGUUCCUAGGGUCACUUCUAGUCGCCAUCGGCAACACUCUCAUUGUAUUUGUGCAGACAGAUGUGCUGGAUAACCUCACCGGGACCUGGGAUUACGUGGAGGCGACCGCUCGAAUUAGCGACUUUGGGUACUACUUCGAGGCUUUAGCGGAGAUUUUCACCCUCCUAUCGUUGGUCAAUAUCGGCCUCGGAAUACUGUGUUGCUGGGAUGUGAUGCGCAAGACAAGACGGGUGCUGAAAUGGGUCACGUACGGGUUCGCAAUUAUGGAGACUGUAUUCGCCCUCGCAGAGCUUAUCUUGUACGAGGCCUGGUUGACCGCCUACUACCGCGACGAAAGUAUAAGUUCCCGGAGUCACCUAGAGGCCAUGCGCAAACUUGGCGCCGCAUACGUUAUCUUGCUAUGGAUUGCCGUGCUUGCGGUCAUCGGCUUUUCUAGCUUCGUCGUGGCCCUGUCCCAGAAGAGGGCAGCCCACCGCAAGGCUGCCGUGCUGCUCCUUGUCGCAUCCAUCAUGGACUUCAUCUGCCACACAUGGAAUCUCGCCACGGAUGGCACCUGGGUUUUCUCUGGCCUCCAUCGACCUGGCACAUACGACACCAUUCUUGAGGCCGUUCUGGGGUACUGGCCUCGCUUCGUCGCCCUUGUUUUUCUCUUCGUCGUUGGAUCGAAAAAGAUGGGCGGCUUAUGGUCAACUGCUCAGAAUUUCGCCCCGCCGAACCAGUACUUCAACUACGGUGCCCAAUCCAUGGCUCAACAACCUUAUCCGCAGCAGCAUGCUCCCCAAAAAUAUGCGCAACCACAAGGCUAUCCUCAGCAGCCACAACAGGGCUACGGGCUGCACACCUAUCAGCCACGGGCGGGACUGAAUGGCUCACACUGGCAACAGCCAGCGAUUCAGCAUGAGCUUGGGAAUCAGAAUGAGCGAUCAGUUCACCCCCAGGUCCGAUCCGCCGAAUUGCGAGGGUCCGAAACAGCCAGUGAACUUCAGUCGCACAAUGGUCUAUACUAA